UCGUUUCGUUUGCUUCGGGUAUUAAUGGUGCUUCAACAACCAUCAGAGAACUUCACGGUCCAAGUUCAACAGAAAAAUACCUGUGCUUGACCUGUACUCUGAGAAACAUAUCGCCACGACAUGUGUACCAUUGAAAGGUUAUUCGGCUUUUCACUGGUGCUGCUGUCUGGCAGCGCAGCGGUGGCAAUCGCCGCCGAACAAUCCGUGUCGAACUUCGAGACGGUUCACACGAGCAACGCGGCCAUUCUGAAUCGGCUCGGUCUGGCGCCGCUUCAGGUUCCCGAUGGGCAUCAUAAAAAACGUUUGGCUGGUCCGGAGCCACCCGGAUUGAGCUCUCAGACGAGGAUUCAUCAGCCUUACAGCCGCCGGCACGGGCAUCGGGACAGUCACGUUUACAUAGUGAAACUUCCGGCUAGCCCGCCUUACUACACGAUCACGAAACCGCACAAAUCCGGCAAGGACGAGAAGAUAACGAAAAUCGGGCCAAAUUUCCCGGUCGGAUUUCAAGGAAACGGAAAACCGGCCAAGAUUUAUCACUGGAAUCUGCCCGUUGUGAAGAAGAUCAGCGAGAAGAAGAGACUGCACGCUCAACUGAAGAUAGAACAAGCCAAGAAGAAAUUAGAGGAGUCGAAGAAGUAUCAGAACUCGUCGCGCAAGAAUUUCGUCGAGACUGUUCAAGAGGGAGUAUCGAAAGCGAACGAAGAAGCACAGGGAAACGAAAAGUACACUUACCUUUCCAAUGGUAAUAAAAUUCUUCUUCGUCAGAAGGUUAAUCCGUCGAAACACGUUAGGAACAACGACAAGAGGCUUAGCUAUCCGGAACACGAAGAGAAGAAAGGUGAAUCAUCGAAGAAGAGCAACGGCAAUCUAAGCAACAAAACUUACAGGCUUGACGAUUCAGGCGUCCACAGGAUUCACUUGACGAAUGAACUUCACGGCUCGAGGAACACCGCUAAGGUGAAGAAACACCGGAAGAAGGCAGCCAUGUCGUACUACGCUCCUAUAGCUGGCAAAUCCGGCUCCACCAGCAUCCACAAGAACUUUCCCGGAAACGGGAAACCUAAAGCGUUCUAUGUAAUGGAGAAAAGUCGCAAACCCGUCUAUUAUCAUCCCUUGUUACCUUAAUCCGUGACACGGUUGGAGAUAUCCUGUGUAAUCGCGUUAUGUGUUCACGGCCCGUGUGCUUGUUAGCCCAACUGGUCGAAGCGCGAUCGCGGUUCAAACAAGAACAGGGGCCGUCGUUUCCGUGAGACGAUGAUCAAAUUUUUGACAAUGAAAAUAUAACGAGGAGACGAAGGUGAACGGAGUGAACGCGAUACGAAGAGAAAGAGACUCGGGGGAGUGUACGAUCCUUAUUAGCCGUUCUUACUCGUGGCCACCGUGUAUCCUGCAAGCCGUUCCACUUCCGUUACAGUUGUUAGGGAGAUGUUAGACUAGCUUGUCGAAACUUUCAUCGGAAAGGUGAACACUUAAAUUAGGAUAGUUUCUUAAGGACACUUUGCCCGCCUCUCGACUGAGUUGGAUGUAUUCUGACGACUUUUGAUAAGGAUCAGGAGACGAUCCUUGGUGUUUUUUCUUUUUCUUCCUUCUUUUUUCUUUUUAAUUUUUUCGCUCCUCGCGAACGAUUCAUCGCGGAUCGCCUCCUGACCGCUACCGUUUAACUUGUAUAAUAUAUUUUUCUAAGUUUAACAAAUACUUUUUCUACGUCGACGUGCCGUUUCACGCUGUUGCGUGCGAUUGCGCCCGCGAGGACAAACGACACACGGGGGACGUUAAUGGGCCCCGGCGUUCUCUCGAGCAAUCGGUCACGAGCGAACUUUAUACGAAAGACUGGACAAUAUAUGACUUCUCGACGGGAUGUACAUGCCUUUUCUACAUACAGCCGCGCAAGCAUUUUUUACUGGUUUUUUACAACUGCAUUGCAGAGCGUGAAAGCAGCAGACAUUUUUUAUAUUCUUAUAUAUAUAUAUAUAUAUAUAUUAUACAUUAUAGGAGGAAGCUCAAUUGUAUUAUCGAACCAUGG